GUUGAAAGCUUUUUGUUUCUUCCAUUAAUGGAGUUCAAGAAGAAUUUGGCUCGGAGGUUUCUAAGGGGAUGCAGAAUUGCUAACCCUUCUUUGAGGGAUUGCCGGAUUUCUACGUCCCGGGUGGCCGUGAAGACCCGGAUCCCACCGGGGCCGGAGAGAAUCUCCCAUGAUGCGGCGUUAGAUGACGGCGUCUUCCGCCGCUUCAUGCACCGCCCCCCGGCGUCGUAUGGAUCCGUGGGGUUACCGGCGGCGGCGGCGUCGUUCCCCGCCGGAGAGAAGCUUCUGGAGAAACUGCGGGGGAGGGAUGUUUCACGGGAUAGGAUCAGGCUGGAGGGUCUCAUCCCUCCGCCGGUGAAACGGCCGGAAACGGAGCCGGAGUGUAACAUGACGGCGGUUCAGGCGAGGAAGCUCCUCCGGUUGUCGCAGCUUGAAAGGGUGAAAAUGACGCUCCGGGGAAUCGAAAAGAAUCACAUUUCCUACUCGGAGUUCAUCGGGAUUUGCGGCGAUGGCUGUUCCGACUCCGAUCAAGGCCGGGAAUUCGCGAAAACGUUGGACGAUUCCGGCGCCGUCAUCGUCCUGGGGAACGUGGUUUUCCUCAAACCUCAACAGGUUAUAAGAGCCAUUGAAGGUCUAAUACCAAGGCCCAAAGCCCAGCCCGAUGAAUCAAGAAUGAAGGAGUUGGAGGACAUGGAGACCCAAAUGGCAGCAAUAGAGAAGAGAGCAGAAUCCAUGGCGAGGAGAGAGCUAUGGGUCGGGCUGGGGUACCUGGUGGCUCAGACAGCGGUGUUGAUGAGGUUGACAUUCUGGGAGCUAACGUGGGACGUGAUGGAGCCCAUUUGUUUCUACAUUACAUCAAUCUACGCCAUGGCUGCCUAUGGGUUCUUCUUAAGAACAUCGAAAGAGCCGUCUUUUGAAGGGUUCUUUCAAACCAGGGUUGACGCCAAGAAGAGAGGGUUGAUUAGGGUUCACAGUUUCGAUGUUGAGAGGUAUAAUCAGCUCAAAAAGAGUUGUAAUCCUUACUCCCUCAUGAGUGUUUCGGAGAAUCCCAUGUCUUCUGCUUCAUAGUUGUAUAUAUAUGUCUUCUGCUUCAUAGUUGUAUGGAUAUGGUGGGAGAACUUACAAAGAAUUGUUAGGUAGAGCUGAGGCCGUAAAGGUAAGAAGAGACACAAGAUAAUUAUCGUACCAAAAGUUUUGUUUUGAAAAAAAAGAUUAAUUGUAUUAUUACUUUUUUUUUUUUUUAAUUUCACCAUUAUUUUGGUUUUCUUAUUAGUUAUUAGCUAGGUGAUUUUGUUUCCUUUUUUUUUUUUUUUAGUCGGCUCUGUAUAAUAUUGGAGAGAUUUUUCAAUGACAUUAAAUUUCAAUGACAUA